CCGCGCCUUCCGGUGCGCUUUCCGGUCCACCUCUCGAGGCAGGAAGUGCCGGCCGCCGCCACUGUCGCGCCACAGCCCAGCCGUCGCCGCCGUCGCUCGUCGUCUCGCGCAGGGCAGCCCGGGUUCUGGUGUCUGGCGGCGAAUUAAAUAGCCACCAUGUCGAGCAAAAAGGCAAAGACCAAGACCACCAAGAAGCGCCCCCAGCGCGCAACAUCCAAUGUAUUUGCCAUGUUUGACCAGUCGCAGAUUCAGGAGUUCAAAGAGGCCUUCAACAUGAUUGAUCAGAACAGAGAUGGUUUCAUUGACAAGGAGGAUUUGCAUGAUAUGCUUGCUUCUCUAGGGAAGAAUCCAACCGAUGCAUACCUUGAGGCCAUGAUGAAUGAAGCUCCAGGGCCCAUAAAUUUCACCAUGUUCCUCACAAUGUUUGGUGAGAAGUUAAAUGGCACAGAUCCGGAAGAUGUCAUCAGAAACGCUUUUGCUUGCUUUGAUGAAGAAGCAACUGGCACCAUCCAGGAAGAUUACCUGAGAGAGCUGCUGACAACCAUGGGAGAUCGGUUUACAGACGAGGAAGUGGAUGAGCUGUACAGAGAAGCGCCUAUCGACAAAAAGGGAAAUUUCAAUUAUAUUGAGUUUACGCGCAUCCUUAAACAUGGAGCAAAAGACAAAGAUGAUUGAAAGAACUUUAGCUAAAACCUUCCAAUUGCUUUGUCUUACUCCGUUUUAUUCCCCAGACACUUUCCCCCACCCUCAUAGACCUGUUGCAUGCAGCUUAGUUUCACGGCUUGGCCUCUUUUUUUUGAUGUAUUUAUUCUAGACCUUUCUGCCACUUAGCACUUGUAUAAUCAAACUGCAAAUGAAUGGGGUUGAGGUUGUAAAUUGAACUGAAAAAGAGAUUGCGAAUAAAAAUCAACAAAUGUGAAAGCCCAGGAAAAUAUAUCCGGUAUUUCUGGUUUUGCUGGAUUUUUACACUUUUAUAUAAUAAAAACACUAUUUUGAAAUAAA